UUAAAUACUGCUAAAGUUGGUAGUCGAUUCAAGCAAACGAAUGCUCAUUGCUUAGCGUUAAUGUUGAUGACUAAUUUAAUUAUAUAGGUAUUUGCUAUUUCAAGUAAAUAAAGUUUUUAACGGGUGGUAUUAAUUACACCCACGUUCUCACUUGUUAUGGACUGUUAUUAAUUAGAAGUUGAUAAUGGCUGGAAAAGAUGGAGACGAAGUUAUAUUACAAACUUUCAUGGUAAAGAGAUCUCAGAACAAGAAAUUAUUCACUCCAGUCAACUACAAAGAGCGUUUGAUUGUUUUGACGAGUCGGGCCCUUAUAUAUUAUGAUGGUGAUGGAGAAAAACGGAGAGAGCGCGGUCGCAUCGAAACUGACUCCAUUCAUACUGUGGAGCAGGCUCAGUUGGGUGAAUACAGCAAACAGAUACCAGAGGGCGAGGGCGAGAACAGUCCCGCUUACAGGUAUCCGUUCCAGGUAGGCUACACUGAGCAGAACAACGAUUAUACUCUGUACCUUGUUGCCAGCGAUCACGCCGAGCGAUUACAUUGGAUUCACGAGAUCAGGGCUGUGUGUGGGAGCAAGGUACGGCGCACGCGAUAUCACCCGGCUGCGUGGUCGGCGCGCCGCUGGACGUGCUGUGACGCUGAACGACGUUCAGCCACCGGCUGCGCUCUAGCCACUCUCUGGCCUCUACCAGAGCCCGAGAUAGAGCUCAUAGCUCAUACACCAGAAAGGAAAACUUCUAACGACGUUUCAUCGGUCACAGCGGCGGUCACGAUGCCUGGGGGAGGAGGCGCCCCUCCCGGUACACCAUCGGCCAAACCAAAGGAUAAACAAAGGACCAAAGUAGUAGUAGCACUCUAUCCAUUCAAGGCGAUUGAAAGCGGUGAUCUUUCGUUAGAGAAGGGCGCCGAAUACGAAGUCAUUGACGAUUCACAGGAGCAUUGGUGGAAAGUUAAAGAUGAAAAUGGGUCUAUUGGAUAUAUACCUAGUAAUUACGUUAAGGAAAAGGAAACCAUAGGGUUACAAAAAUAUGAAUGGUAUGUCGGUGAAAUGUCUCGACAGCACGCUGAAUCAUUGCUCAAGCAGGAGGAUAAGGAAGGAUGUUUUGUUGUCCGCAACUCUUCCACAAAGGGCAUGUACACACUUUCGCUGUAUACCAAAUUUAAUCACCCGCAGACAAAACACUACCAUAUAAAGCAGAACACUCGUGGGGAGUUCUACCUAUCGGACAAGCACUGCUGUCCGAGUAUACCCGAGCUAAUCAACUACCACAAGCACAACAGCGGUGGGCUAUGCUCGCGCCUUAAGACGACGCCCUGCGACAGGCCUGCGCCGCCUACAGCCGGCUUAUCGCACGACAAAUGGGAGAUAGACCCGUCAGAACUGGUACUCCUGGAGGAGCUGGGCGCGGGGCAAUUCGGUGUGGUGCGACGCGGCAGGUGGUGUGGUUACAUCGAUACCGCCGUCAAAAUGAUGAAGGAGGGCACUAUGUCAGAGGACGAUUUUAUAGAAGAAGCCAAGGUUAUGACAAAAUUGAAACAUGACAACCUAGUUCAGUUAUACGGCGUGUGCUCCAAACACCGACCCAUUUACAUUGUGACUGAAUACAUGAGGCACGGCUCGUUGUUUAACUAUCUUCGCCGUACUUCUCCCGACCAACUCGGACCCGCCGUGUUGCUUGGUAUGUGCAUACAAGUUUGCAAUGGAAUGGCAUAUUUAGAAAAACAAAAUUAUAUUCAUCGAGAUUUAGCUGCAAGAAAUUGUUUGGUUGGAGAUGGAAAAGUAGUGAAAGUGGCUGAUUUCGGAUUGGCGCGAUACGUUUUAGACGAUCAAUAUACGAGUUCUGGCGGUACAAAGUUUCCCAUCAAAUGGGCGCCACCAGAAGUUCUCAAUUAUACGAGAUUCUCAUCAAAAUCUGAUGUUUGGGCCUUUGGAGUACUUAUGUGGGAAGUAUUUACAUGCGGUCAGGUGCCAUAUGGUCGAAUGAAAAAUUCUGAAGUCGUGGAUAUGGUACAGAAAGGUCAAGUUCUUGAGAAACCCAAAGGCUGUUUGAACGAAAUAUACAGUGUGAUGCGGGCUUGCUGGAGACAUAUGCCUGACGAGCGGCCGUCAUUCCGCGUGCUCAUGGACAAGCUGACGACGAUUGAACGUACCGUGUUGGCCGAUUGACUGCGGCUACUGUUGCAGUUGCUGCAUCCCGCUGCGUCGCUACCUGCUCCUCAAUCGCGUUCUCACCCCACCGCAACCCUGCCUCGCGCCCGUCGCUUGCAUGCCGCAUCGCCAGUUUGAGCAGCACCGUCGGUGUAUCCACUCAUCUGUACACUUGCUGGGGCCGUAUUUACUGUAGGGUUGUAAAAAUCGCCCAACCAUGAGUAUCUUCACAGAACCUAUGUGGCCAAUUGUAGGUACACUCACGUCGCGAUGUAAUGAGGGGUGUGACAAAUCAUGUUGGCAGUUUCACAUAGUGUGUUAAAAACUAGAUAAUGUCGGUUCAGCCUAUGCAUCUGUAUGUGUGAGUGAAGCUACAAUGGACCUAUAUAACUGGGUUUCUGUCGGGAUAUUUAUUCAUUUGAUUCAACUGCAGUUAAUAAAAUGCCGUCCGUAUCGUAACUUCACUGGUUGAAAGGUCGUCGCACAAUGACAAUUAUUCAAUUAAUGAUUAAAGGGUAUCGUAUAUUAUAUAUAAAUACAAUAUACAAUAAUAUCUCAAUCAAUUUACUGGUCUGAAGACGCAUUUUCGAUGUCAGUAAAAUGUUUUACAAUCUUUUAAUGUAAGACUCACUUUGUUUCCGAUCUUUUCUUAUCAUCUCAAAUUAUAAAUAUGAUUUUAUAUUUUUUGCAAUAUAUGUGUCAGAUACGUGAAAAUAAUGUAUGUAUAUAAGAUUAUAAAAUUGUAAUUAAUUUGUAGGAAGACAAUUGAGUAUUCAGUUAUUAAUUAUGACUUCAUGUGUGACAACCUUAAACACGAAUGCGUACGUUUGUUGGUGGUUGGAGAGAAGUGUGAGAAGAAGUAUAUAUAAAUGUCGGGGGUAGUGCGUAUUUGCUUUAUAGCAACGCUCCUAUAUUGCAACCAUUAAUGGGUUGUUUAAACCCAUUGACACUCAUUGAAGACGUAAAUAAAACGUUAAUCAUUGAGCAUUAUUUUAUGAUACUUCAUAAUUGGCGCUAGUUAUAUAUACAUAUAUGCAGUCUUGGACGAAAGUAUUUGCUACCUUAGAAAAUUACAACUGGCUUAAAAAAAAAUCCAAUUCCUGAGGCAGACAUGCAGCCCCAGACCAUAAUAUUGCCUCUGCCGUGUUUUACAGUCGGCACCACACACUCCGAUAUUAAUUCUUCGCCAACUCUGCAUCUCACGUAAGUGGCACCUGCAAUUCCAAAAAUGUACCUGAAAUUUAAUAAAAUAAUAAAAUUUUUGAAAAUACGUCUGUUAAUGAACCAUUAACUUCAUUACAUCUCAAAUGUAUUUGUAACAUUAAAUAGUUUAAAUGACAUACAUUAAAAUUGGAUUCCUCCGACGAACUGAUAUUCAUCUAAUCUUCCUCGGUGUAAUGUUGAUAUUCUAAAUACCACUGCAAACGUAAGUUCUUGUUAUUCUCAGACAGCCAUGACUUCUUCCUUGCCUUGCAACCUCCAUCAUCCUGCA